GAUUACGUAACAGCAAUAGAUCAACUUCCAGACGUGGACUUGCCCCUAGAUUUGGGGCUACCGGCAAACAUUGGAAAGACGGCCCAACAAACGGCGGCUGCAGUUGCUCUGGGACAACUGAGGGAGUUGCAGAGGAACAUAGAUCAUACGGCCUUAUGCGAUCGCACGCUAUGGUCUAAAGAAUUGAGUCCUGUACUGAUUUUGUGGAAGAAGUUAAACCACGAGGGCUCCCUGCUGCCCAAUAAAGAUACCAAAAUCAGAGCCAUCUUAACGAAGAUAGAGGAAAAGUCUCUAAAGGAUCCCCAGGAGUCUCCGGUUCUUUCUUUCCUUCACCGUGAAAUGUCGGACACACUGGCUCUCAUAUCAACUAUCCACCAGCAUCUGGGCAGCAUCUCGAAACUCCUUCGUGGCACACAUGCGCUGACCCCAGGCGUGGAUGUUAUCAUCCAGUCUCUUCUACGUGGAGAAACGCCAGCGUCUUGGCUCGAUUGCUGGUCCGCUGGUCCCGAGGACUACUUAAACUUCCUUAAUGUCCUGAUGCGAAAGGCCUCAGCUCUCCAGAAAUGGGUAACGCGCAGUGAAAUAUGCGUACCAUUUAUAUCCCCGGAGACUGCUUUCGAUCUUGCCGAUCUAUUGAACCCGGCAAUCUUUUUAAACGCGGUCAGACAGCAGACGGCUCGUCAGAGCAAGGUACCCAUCGACGAGCUCAAACUCGUUUCAAAAUGGCCGUCUAGUAAGCUGUCUCAGGGAACUGUUAGUGUACAGGCUUUGCGAAUAACCGGACUCCAGCUUGAGGGUGCUUGCUUCGAAGGAGGAAAACUGGCAGACUGCAAAAUCACCUCUCCCACUAUAACGGAACUGCCCGAACUUAUUCUAGAAUGGACUCCGAAGACGAACUCUGAUCCGCUGUCUGCGGAGGACAGUAUAAAUCUACCUGUCUACUUUGAUUCCAGGAGGUGCAAUCUGGUGACAAAGAUAAAGGUGCCCUGUCAAACGGGCAGUCAGCAGACCUGGAUCCAAAAUGGCGUUGCUUUGUUUGUGCGAUCGUUUUGA